CUCCUACAAACAUCCACCACGAGCAGGAAUAUCGGAACUCCUCAGUCAGAUGCAUGGCCUCAGCGCCGCUCAGCUAUGCCACAAAGCUUCGUCCUGAUUGUGUUGCUGCUCUUCAACGCCGCGCGACUCUCCAACGAAGCAGCAUGUACUGGCUGUCUGAAUCCAUUCAAAUGCGACUGUUCUGGAAUAAAAGGCGAAAGGGGAGAACCCGGUAUUCCGGGAAUUCCUGGUAGAAUUGGACUUCCGGGUCUGUCAGGAGCGCAGGGCCCGCCGGGUCCUUUUGGAGAGAAGGGCAUUCGAGGAGAUUUGGGAGACUAUGGAGAAAAAGGAAUCAGGGGAGAUCAAGGCUUCGAUGGACAACCAGGAACACCAGGCAAGCAUGGCUUGUCCGGUCUCCCGGGAACGACGGGGCACAAGGGCAUCGACGGCUGCAACGGCACGGACGGCCAGGCGGGACUGCCUGGCUAUCCCGGUGAGCCGGGCGGCAGAGGCAUGCCGGGUCCGGAGGGGCCACGAGGCAUGCCGGGAGAGCCCGGUGAGGGCGGAGCCAACAGUCCCGGACAGAAAGGAGAUCGCGGAGAGGCUGGUGUCGAUGGACAGCCGGGCCCCCCUGGUAACAAAGGCUACAGAGGUCCACAUGGUGCCAUAGGGCCACCUGGUCCACCGGGCCCCGAAGGUGACGCAGGUCCUCCCGGAAAUCCAGGAGACACGGGAGACUACAGCUACGGAAUCACCGGCCAGAAGGGAGAGCAGGGAGAGAGGGGAGAGAUGGGACCGCCUGGAGUUUCGCCCUAUGUGAACGGGACACACGAGUUGGAUUCCGAAACAACGUACUUGUCCCGAGGUCCCAAGGGUGACAAGGGAAUUCCUGGAGGGUCGGGAUCACGAGGUCGUAAGGGACUUCUUGGUGAUAAGGGUCCUCUGGGCCAACCAGGUCUGAGGGGCCUGAAAGGAGAUAAGGGGGAGCAAGGUAACGAUGGUCCUAGAGGAAAGCAGGGAGUGGUGGGUGCCGUUGGACCAAUUGGAAUGAAGGGUCAAAAAGGUGUUCCCGGGUUCUCUGGUCUACCAGGACAGGAUGGUUUGAAGGGAGAGAUUGGACGUCACGGAUCGUAUGGAAUAGCGGGUCCUCAGGGUCCAGAGGGUCCGCCUGGAAUUUACGAUCCUGAUCUGGAUACUGGUAUAACAGAAGGUGUUAUUGGACCUCAAGGAGAACUCGGUCCCCCGGGUCGAACAGGGGAUAAAGGUCAUAGGGGAAGAAAAGGCAUUGUUGGCUACAUCGGGCCGCCCGGACCUCCCGGGCCUCCCGGAAAUCCGGGACCUCGAGGUCACAAGGGAACUUCAGUCAAGGGAGAACAAGGAGUUGAUGGAGUCCCCGGGACAGUGGGGCCGCAGGGACCAAAGGGCUUCGAAGGGCCGAUGGGGCAGGUCGGCGAGAAGGGCAUCGCAGGGCAGACGGUGGUUGGCCCACCUGGUGAGGACGGGUGGCCUGGUCUACAAGGCUACAAGGGCCAACCUGGAGACAGGGGCGAACCUGGAAUAAUGGGUAUAAAGGGAUAUCCAGGAAUCGGAAGGAACAUAACAGGACCUCCGGGUGAAUUCGGACCCCCCGGACCUCCCGGACCCAAGGGUAAUCCGGGUGUUUUCGGACAGCCUGGCUGGCCUGGCCGGAAGGGAGACAGGGGAGAUGACUGUGGUUACUGUCCACCAGGUAUCGAUGGUUCAAAAGGAGUGAGAGGUGAGGCUGCCAACAAUGGCAUUCCUGGACCUCCCGGUUAUCAUGGCAUUCCGGGCAGGAGGGGCCCCAAGGGCAUCAAGGGGCCAACUGGCCCCAAGGGACCGAGUGGAGUAGAUGGAGCCCCGGGGGCACCAGGUAUCCAAGGAGUGACCGGUGCGAAGGGUGAGAGAGGUAUCAUCUUCCCCCCACCAAAGAACAGCUACCAGCCUGAGCAGGGUGAUAAGGGCUUCAGGGGAAUAGCAGGACCAGUGGGUCCUCCUGGAGAUCCGGGUCCACCGGGACCUCGCGGAAGGCAGGGACGGAAAGGACUUAUGGGAUUCAAGGGAAGUGAUGGAGACAUCGGUCUGUCCGGACUGGACGGUACUCCGGGUUUCAACGCGACGAAGGGCGAGCGGGGUGACGACGCCGAUGUGCCCAAGGAGUACCUGAAGGGAGACCAGGGUGAACCGGGCAUACCGGGCAGGAGGGGACAAAAGGGGGAGACCGGAUCACCGGGAGAGACCGGAUCGUCGAGCAGUGCCAGCAUCAACAACAAGGGAGAAAUGGGAGUCAAGGGACCCAGAGGAGAGCCAGGUGCGUUGGGAAGAAAAGGAUUGACAGGAUUUGGAGGCGAGCCCGGUAUACCGGGAUUGCAAGGACCUCCCGGAACUCCUGGUAUGUCUCCUGAAGGUCCACAAGGUAUAAAGGGAUUCCCAGGCGAGCCUGGAGAACCAGGAACCAAAGGUUCUAUAGGAGUACCUGGCAAAAAUGGCCUGUCAGGAUUGCCCGGUGAACGAGGGCUGAAAGGAGACAGGGGUGACCCGGGAGUGAGCAUCCUCGCGGGAGACCUCGGUCCCCUCGGUGACAGAGGACAGAAGGGAGAGCCGGGAGACGAGGGUCCUAUCGGGUACUCUGGACCACCUGGGUACGAUGGUCCCAAGGGAGUCAAGGGAGGUGUGGGAGACCCGGGCUUUGGCGGCGGUGAAGGGCCUCUGAUCGUCAAACGUCUUCCAAUGAUGUCGUUGCUGCUGAGUUGGAGACCAAACAGCCGCAGGGGCUGCCAUAUCUACCACCUGGGACGAUUAGAAGAAACCGGCAAUAGAUUGGACAAGAAAAUAGAAGAAACAAGUAAUAGUUUGGACAAGAAAAUAGAAGAAACCAGUAAUAGAUUGGACAAGAAAGUGGAAGAAAUGACCGCAAACUUUUUGCAACUCAAAAGUAACGUUGAGGAUUUACAUCGAAAAAUGGAUGAAAAACAAAUUGAAGCUAAGAAUUAUACAAAUGAACAAAUACAAACGGUGAGAAGUGAAUUUGGUGAAAGAAUUCUAAACCAACACCGGGAAAAUACUGAAGCAAAUGGUGAAUUGGAGAGCAAGAUUACCCAGGCCAAUGCUAAGCUAGCUCAGAAUGAUGUGAGGUUAGGUGAAUUGGAGGCUCAGCAAACAAAUCACACGGCCCAAAUAAACCAGCUGAGAGCAGAUGUCACACAGAAUUCAGCUGAAACUUUAAAUCCCGAAGUAAUUAAGGGAUUGAAAACUCAGCUAGAUCAAACUAAAGCCGAGUGUCUACAAAUAAAGAAUAGUUUGGCUAACGUUUCUGGUGGAGUAACCGACCGUGAGGUGCUGCAGUCUGGCGGAAAAAAUUCACACUGCUCCCAACCACGUGACAGCGGUAAAUCCAGUCAUGAAGAAGAGAAAAAUCUGCCUGCUCGUAUUGCGUCAGCUAGUAGUGACAGUUUGCGGGUUCUGCCCCACGAGGCUACUAGUAGUGAUGGUUUGCGGGUUCUGCCUCCCGAAGCUGAUAGAGUUCCCCAUCCAAGUGUUAAUAACAGGAAGGCGAGACCUACUGAAUUGGUCUUUACAAAUGAAUUCAAAAAUAAAGACAACUCCAAUUUAAAUCCAAUAUCUUCACCCAUUAUUCUCGAAAGUUACACCAUUUUCCGAGAGGAUGUCAUAGAUGAUUUGUUAGAUGAUGAAGCUCCACAGGUCCAUAAGGAUAACCAUGGACAAUAUCAAGCCUAUCUGGAUAUAGAAUUGUAUGGUCUGAAAUGUAGAGCUAUGAUAGACACCGGAUCACAGUGUUGUCUUAUUCAAGGAGAUUUCUUUGCACAAAUACAGAGUCUGACACAAGUACCUCUCUUACCACUUACUACUACAUUUAUUAGAGGCAUCAGUCAAGGAAAGCGUAUCAGAGCAUCAACCCAAUGCCUGUUGGAUGUUGAAAUAGAUGGCAUUUCCUUUCCACAUGCCUUUCUUGUUCUACCAGUAAAAUGUCCGCUCUUAAUUAUUGGGACAGACUUCUUGAAAUAUUUCCAAUGCAUCAUCAACUUGAAGCGUAUGUGUAUUACCAUUCACCACAAUGAGGAAGAGGAAGUUUCAGUGACUGUUCCCUUACUGUUAGAAUCACAUAGCGGCGAAGUUAAGACAACAUUCUGGACUCAGGUUACCAGUGACUUUGUUCCUCGUAGUGCUAGUAUGCAUGAAGUUGAAGAGAAAAUGUGUGAAUUCAACAUGCUCAUGAGCGAUAAGAAGGCAAGAGUAAUUGAUGAAACCGACAAACAUUUCUCCAUUCUACUAGAAAAUAUGCAACAACAACCUACCUGGUCUCCAGAUUUGAAGGAGAAAGUUCUGGCUGUACUACAGAGAAAUCGUCAAGUUUUUUCCGAGUUACCUGGGAAAGCUACCCACUUUACCUGCAAGUUGGAGGUGAAGCCUCAUAAGAUGUACUUCCACAAAUCCUACCCAAUACCAUUUGCCAAGCGACUGGCAGCUGACAAGGAGAUCCAACGCAUGGAAGAUAUGGGAAUCAUUGAACCAUCCACUUCACCAUAUAGUCUUCCUCUAGUCUGCGUCUCCAAAAAGGAUGGGUCGGUACGCCUUUGUCUUGAUGCCAGGGCCCUCAACAGUGUAUUGGAGAAUGAUCGCGAAAGUCCUGCUCAAAUUGAUCAUCUGCUUCAGACCUUUCAUGAGAAGAAAAUUUAUUCAACAGUAGAUCUCUCCAGUGGGUAUUGGCAGCUUGAGGUAGAACCAGAGUCAAGAGACUACUUGUCUUUCAUCUAUAAUGGGCGCAACCUACGCUUCACAAGACUAGCAUUUGGGAUCCGCAAUGCAAUGGCAUUAUUUAUAAAAUGUUUGAGGAGUGCCGUUGGAGAAGAUAUAACCGAAUUCUGUACCCUAUAUGUCGAUGAUGGCAUCAUUUCAUCCCAAAACAUUGAGGAACAUUGCGAACAUCUCAACAUUGUCUUCCAGAGGCUCAUCAAGUGUGGCAUGACCCUUCGACCCUCCAAAUGUGAUCUGUUCAAAGAAAGAGUCAAGUUUUUGGGUCACAUCAUUACACCUGAAGGCAUCAUCCAGGAUGAAGAUAAACUGAAGGCUCUUGAAGACUUUCCCUCGCCUAAUAAUCGUAGACAGCUGCAAAAGUUUCUGGGAUUCCUGCAAUUUUAUCGCAGAUUCAGUCAACAGUUGUCACAUUAUACGGCACAGCUAAGCCAUGUGUUAUCUGCAUCCAAGCCCUGGAAAUGGGGAGUAAAUGAGGAACAAAUCUUUAAAGAAAUAAAAAAGCAAUUUCUAAAUACUGUUAUGUUGAAACACCCUGAUAUGAGUGAGCCAUUUCAUAUCAAUGUGGAUGCAUCACAUUACGCAGUAGGAGCCGAGAUUUUUCAGUUGGAUUCAGAAGGAAACAAAGGUGUUAUUGCAUUUUUUAGUAAAACCUUGAACCAGGCACAAAGGCGUUAUUCUGUGACAGAGAAGGAACUUCUCAGUAUAGUUCUUGUAUGCCUCAAAUACCGAACCUUGCUGCUGGGUCACCAAAUCUACAUCAACACAGAUCAUCGUGCCUUGACCUUCUUCAAAACAGCAAAACUCACCAAUAAUCGUCUAUCCCGAUGGUUCCUAGCCUUGCAGGAGUUCAAUAUCGAGAUGACACACCUUCCUGGAAAAUACAACCAAACUGCAGAUUUCCUAUCAAGAGAAGUGGAUACCACCUACCAGAAUGAGCAAACAUUUACCUGCUACCUGUUGAAUCCUCAUCAAAGCGUGCCUUUCCCAAAAGGAAUACAACCAAUAGAGGAUAUUCCACUUCUGUCUCUCCAGAAACUGCAGGAGGCUCAGGCUAAAGAUAGAAAGAUGGCCGAUAUCUACAGACAGUUGAAGGAUCAUCCCAACACUAACCAUGGGCAUUUUGCAUUCUACAAGCUUCACCAAGAUGUAUUAUUCCAUCGGUCUCAACCAGACUCCUUCAACUGGAAGGUGGCAGUGCCAGAAGAAUUAGCUGAAGAUGUCAUCAAAGAAAUGCAUGAGCGACUAGGGCAUUUUGGAGCUAAGAAGAUUUUGAAGGCUCUUAAGGAUGUUUGUGUCUUCAACAACAUGCAUCGUCGAGUCACCCGUGUAACUACUUCUUGUGAUACAUGCCAGAAAACAAAACAUGAACAUGCACGUCUCCGAGGUGAAAUGCUACCCAUCCUGCCAGAGAAUCCACUAGAUCUACUCUCCACAGACAUCUAUGGCCCUCUACCACGUGGCAUAGGACAGAAGAGAUUUGUUAAAACCUUGAACCAGGCACAAAGGCGUUAUUCUGUGACAGAGAAGGAACUUCUCAGUAUAGUUCUUGUAUGCCUCAAAUACCGAACCUUGCUGCUGGGUCACCAAAUCUACAUCAACACAGAUCAUCGUGCCUUGACCUUCUUCAAAACAGCAAAACUCACCAAUAAUCGUCUAUCCCGAUGGUUCCUAGCCUUGCAGGAGUUCAAUAUCGAGAUGACACACCUUCCUGGAAAAUACAACCAAACUGCAGAUUUCCUAUCAAGAGAAGUGGAUACCACCUACCAGAAUGAGCAAACAUUUACCUGCUACCUGUUGAAUCCUCAUCAAAGCGUGCCUUUCCCAAAAGGAAUACAACCAAUAGAGGAUAUUCCACUUCUGUCUCUCCAGAAACUGCAGGAGGCUCAGGCUAAAGAUAGAAAGAUGGCCGAUAUCUACAGACAGUUGAAGGAUCAUCCCAACACUAACCAUGGGCAUUUUGCAUUCUACAAGCUUCACCAAGAUGUAUUAUUCCAUCGGUCUCAACCAGACUCCUUCAACUGGAAGGUGGCAGUGCCAGAAGAAUUAGCUGAAGAUGUCAUCAAAGAAAUGCAUGAGCGACUAGGGCAUUUUGGAGCUAAGAAGAUUUUGAAGGCUCUUAAGGAUGUUUGUGUCUUCAACAACAUGCAUCGUCGAGUCACCCGUGUAACUACUUCUUGUGAUACAUGCCAGAAAACAAAACAUGAACAUGCACGUCUCCGAGGUGAAAUGCUACCCAUCCUGCCAGAGAAUCCACUAGAUCUACUCUCCACAGACAUCUAUGGCCCUCUACCACGUGGCAUAGGACAGAAGAGAUUUGUGUUUGUUGUAAAAGAUGUCUUCUCAAAGUAUACAAUGUUCUUUGCUAUUGGCAAGAUUACGGGAGAGAAAUUGGCUCAGUGCAUAACUCAGGGGUGGAUGGACAGAGUUGGUAAACCUCACAAGGUACUGGCUGACAAUGCCACCUACUUUCGCAGUAACAAAUGGCGAGAAAUUCUGGAAAGAGAGGGGAUUGAAUUAUCAUUUACAUCCAGCUACAGCCCCAGUGGUAAUCCAGUUGAGCGUAAGAUGUCAGAAAUUUCACGGUUCAUGCGAGCAUACUGCAAAACAGCUCAUCAACAUUGGGUAAAAUAUUUACCAUUUCUGGAGUACUGCCUUAAUCACUCGUACAGUGAUGUGACGGGAUGCACCCCCCAUGAAGCAAUUUUCAAAACCAAAAGUAACAACUUCUUGAAAGAACUAGUUUCUUUUCCCAAUGAGACCACUACAUCACCAAUACCUACUGUGCAACUAAUCCGGCAGAAUCUUGCUAGAGCUGCAGCAAGCCGGAAAAAGUACCAUGAUCGGCGUAUCAAGUCUCACAAGUAUGAAGUCGGACAGGAGCCUUACACCACACCACACCACACCAUACCACACCGGAGAGGCCAGAGGGGAGAUCCGGGUCCCGUGGGACUUGUCGGCAGGGACGGACGCCCCGGGAAGCCGGGACCCCUAGGCAUGGACGGCGAUGCUGGAGAUGAUGGACCUCAAGGAACCCCAGGUUACCCCGGUCUGGCCGGAUUGGACGGUCUUCCCGGUGAUAAGGGACGGCGAGGCCUCUACGGUGACGUCGGUCCCCCUGGACCACCUGGAUUCUUCGGACCACAGGGUCCCCCUGGAGAUAUCGGUCGAGAAGGUCCAAAAGGUCAAUCCGGUGGUUCUUCGUUUAGCGGCCCUCAAGGAGAUGUUGGAGAGCCAGGUACCUCCAACUGUGGUCCCCCUGGAGAUAUCGGUCGAGAAGGUCCAAAAGGUCAAUCCGGUGGUUCUUCGUUUAGCGGCCCUCAAGGAGAUGUUGGAGAGCCAGGAUUGAUGGGCUUCCAAGGCUAUCCGGGCCCAAAUGGCAGAGAUGGUCUGCCGGGCUUGAGUGGCCCCAAGGGAGACGAUGUCUAUGGUCCCGAGGGUUCGCCUGGCGAACAAGGAGACAUCGGACCACCUGGUCUACCUGGACCUCAGGGAGCCAAAGGCGUGGAGUAUCCUCCAGGAAGUCCAGGAUUUCCGGGAAUGAUGGGCGAUAAAGGUUUCCCAGGAACACCAGGUCAACCUGGAGUCAAUGGCAAUCCAGGAAUUCCAGGAUUGAGAGGUCCAGCAGGACCUAAUGGUGAACCGGGAACUUUUGGAGAUCAAGGGAUGAUGGGAGAUCCUGGUGAAAUGGGAAGGCCAGGGCUACCCGGUGACACGGGGUGGCCAGGACCCAAGGGAUCGCCAGGAAGGCGGGGCGAGAAGGGACUGAUAGGUGACCCUGGUUUCCCCUCCUACUACACGCCCGGUCCCAAGGGAGACCACGGUGAACCGGGACAUGUCGGCGCCAAGGGACGCGCUGGAGUCAGAGGAGACUCCGGGGCCUAUGGCUUCAAAGGCAGGAAGGGAGAAAUGGGAUUGAUUGGUGACAUUGGAGAACCUGGAUUGCGUGGCCUAGUGGGAUUCCCGGGUCAAAUUGGAGACCAAGGCCGACCGGGACCAGCUGGAACGCCGGGACUAAAUCCGGAGCCGGGUGAGAAGGGACUGGAUGGUGUGGAUGGCAGACCCGGACGUCCGGGAUGGCCGGGACAGAAAGGAGCUCCCGGGGAGUACGGAAGGGACGGACCUCCCGGUGCUCCGGGACUCAAGGGAUACAGCCCUCAGGGAGAGAAGGGAAUGCGUGGAUCUCAAGGAUAUGCGGUCCCUGGCUCACCGGGAAUGCCCGGUAUUCCAGGUUUACGAGGACUUCCUGGACCAAUGGGACAGAAAGGAUAUCCAGGACGCACUCUCAAUGGCGAUAAGGGAGCGAAAGGUGACGUAGGACCAAUAGGUUUUCCUGGACUGGACGGAGCAAGAGGGGCCCAGGGUGACUAUGGAUCGGUUGGGUGGAAGGGGAGAGUAGGGUGGCCUGGACCCAAAGGAUUGCCCGGCGACGAUGGACUUCCUGGUUUGCAAGGAAUGUUUGGACUCAAGGGUGUGAAGGGUGAAUCAGGAGAGUACUUUUAUUACGAGGCAUCGUUGAUCCGAGGCCAGAAGGGAGAUCGGGGCGAAGAGGGAUUCCCUGGUAUUCAGGGUCCUGAUGGAAAAGAUGGCCGACCCGGUGUGAGGGGAGGUAUCGGAAUGCCGGGAGACGUUGGAUUUUCGGGCGGCAAAGGUCAGAUCGGCCCGAAAGGUCGAAAAGGUGAGGCAGGUGACCCGGGAAUUGCUGGAACUCCGGGACCGAUUGGUGUAAAAGGUUACCGAGGAAACCCAGGACUUCCAGCGCUUCCUCCAAGGCCGAUUCCUCACAGAGGAUUCUUCUUCACCUACCACUCGCAAUCGGAGAUGUCUCCGUCUUGUCCCAAAUACACCACAAAAAUGUGGAGUGGAUAUUCUCUCUUGCAUUUCAUGGGUGACGCCAAAGCACAUGGACAAGAUUUAGGAACACCUGGAAGCUGCUUGCAGAGGUUCUCGACAAUGCCAUUCUUAUUCUGCAACCCGAACAAUGUGUGCAACUAUGCCAACAGAAACGACUACAGCUACUGGCUCAGUACAGAUGAACCCAUGCCAAUGCACAUGAGGCCUAUCCCGGCCAACGAAAUGGUCAAAUACAUCUCCAGGUGUUCUGUGUGCGAGGCUCCAACGAGGGUGAUUGCUAUCCACAGUCAGACAAACAAUGUACCAGAAUGUCCAGCCGGUUGGGAAGAACUUUGGAUUGGUUUCAGUUUUAUAAUGCACACGGACGCAGGCGCGGAGGGCGGUGGCCAAUCUCUGGUCAGCCCUGGCUCGUGCCUGGAGUCGUUCCGGCCAACGCCGUUCAUCGAGUGCCAUGGCGAGGGUCGCUGCAACUACUUCACGACGGCCUACUCCUAUUGGCUGGCGACCAUCGAGGACCGCAGCAUGUUCCGCAAGCCCAAGCAGCAGACGCUCAAGGCCAACAUGCUCAAGUCACGCAUCAGUCGCUGCACCGUCUGCAUACGUGUCAAGCCCAACGAUCCCGUCUUCAACAAACCUAACAAUUACAACUGGAAUGGCUAGUCAACCAACUAGGCCCGGUUGCUAGGAUACUUGAUGAGUCUAAUGAACCAUUAUCAUACAUAUUCUUCAUUUAAUUUCAUUUCAAAACGCCAUCUACAUCUAGGUGCCACCUAUUGGUUCAAUACUCCUCAUUUCAUUUAAUUUUAAAUCGCCAUCUAAAUAUGGGUGCUAUCAUAGCCACCUCUGUAUUAGAGGUAUUAGAGGCUUUGGUGCUACCUAUUGGUUAAAUAGUUAUCAUUGAAUCAAUAAAAUAAUAAAUGAAUAAAUAGUCUUUUUCAUUCAAUUUCAUUUCGAAUCGCCUAGACGAGGGGCACUUCACAAAUGAGUUCGUAUUCUUGAAAGGCCUCGCUGUGAAUUAUUCAUUUAAUACAGCAGACUGUUUAGGAGAUAGUGUUUCAAAGUCAUUUUAAAAAGUUAUGACCUUUCUAUCUUCUAAAUAUUUUUUGGCAGAACAUUAUAAAAUUUACUUCGAAUUUAGAUAGACAUUCAGCCUAUUGGAUUUAAAAGUGUUCUAGAAACCGGACCAUAGAGUAAUAAUGUAAUAUGUUGUUAUUGUAGAAUUUAUUAUUGCUGUUGUUGAAGGACGUUAUUUUACUGUAUUAUGUGGUUGAGAACGAUGGAGUCUAUUGUUAGCUUUUUUGGCUAGUAUAUAAUGUGAGUUUGAUACAGUUGUUUUAUAACGAUUUUUCAUGAUCAAGAGAGCAGAAAAAGUGUACAUUUAUCAUAAUAGCUGUUAUUUUGAAAGCACAAUAUCUUACCUAUCUGAUUGAUCAUCGUUCUAUCGACGCAGCAGUGGGAUGAAAUGAAGUAUCUAUCAAGAAUGUGACUUUUAAUUUAUUGUUGGAUGUGUAAAAUGUAAGUAAUGUGGAAAUUAAUCAAUUCUAUUAGCUUCUGUUGAAGCCUGAUUUAUUAUGUUGUAUCAUGUGAGGAAAAAUUGAAUUGUUGUUGAUGAUGAAGAAAUACAUUUUUAAUGGGAACCUGUAAUAUUUAAAUUAUUUCGGAUGAUGAACGGAUAAUGCAUAGAUGAGUCUGUAACUUAUGCAUAGGUAAUGCAAAGCCUUGUGUAAACCACUGCGUUUCACAUGACGGCGACGGUGUAGAGGUUGAAAUCGUCGUCUUGUGAACAACGUCGCAUUGGUCUGCACAAGACUUAAUGAGGCAAACUUGUUACAUCAGUAAACUUUGAGAAAAAUACAUUUUUGAUGCCUUGUUAAGUGCGCAGGUAUAAGCAACAUAAUAAUUGUAUUAUGAUACAGUCAAAUUGAAUCUGUAACCAUUACAUACAAUACUAUAUUAUUUGUAAUGAAUAUGAGUCAAAAUACGAUUUCCAUUCUAGUUUUUGUGUUGUUUAGGAAAUACAAAGAUUGGACUAUUAUUUCAUAAUUUGACAAAGCAAAUUAUUAUAGAUUUCAGGAUUCUAGGAGAUGAAAAUAUUUAUUGUUGAGCUCAGAUAUCACCACAAAAAUAAGCUGUUCAUUCACAUAAAUAGAAUUUAUUCACCAAUAAAGUUUAAUGCUUAAUGUUAAUUUUAGUUGAAUUACAAAUUACAUGCUUUGAUAUCGAUGUAAAUUGUAAUCGGUGUAAUUUUUAUCAGUUAUUUUUAUAUUCUGUUUAUUCCGUUUUUAUAUUAGUUCUUUAUUGUUAUUGAAUAAUUCCUAUUGUAAAUAUAAUGACCAAUGAUUUUGAAUACUUACUUAAAUGCUUAUUCUCAAUAGACUUUUUAAUUUUUUAAACUGUAGAAUUCAAUUAUUGUCAAUACUGAUCUAAAGGUGAAUUAUGUAAGAUGUGAGUCAGGUAUGUCACACACAAAAAUUGUCAUUAAUCGCAUUUUUCAGUUUCCUCAAUCACUCAACUAUUUUACAGGAAUAGAAAAUCCAAUUUCAAUCUUUAAAGCCUAACUCCCUUUCCAAUUUUCAAUCUCCGAGCAAUUGGUUACUUUAAUUCAAAAAUAACUCAAGUCAACUAAGGCUCUCAUAUUUUGUGUACUUUGAAUAAGUAAAUUUGAUUGAUAUUCACGAGAUAAAUUAAUUUAUGAUUGGUACUUCAAGACAAACAAUAAUUAAAUAUUUGUAAUAAGUAUUAAGCUAGUCAAGUUGAUAACAUGAAUGUGGAUAUUCCAUAUUUAUUAACAUUUAUUUAUGACCAUCAGCAGGACUUCCUAUGGUAUAUUAGGAGGUCCUGCCAUCAGUUGCAUCAUGCAAUCAUAUACCCUACUAACUUCUGUGCCUUUAAUUCUCAGAAGAAUGCAACAGUGCCUUCUAGUUCAUGAUUAUUGUGAAAUGUGUGAUUGGAUAUUCAGCUUUUACAAAAAAAUAUUUAUGCGACACUGCCAUUACUUCAUUAUUGUGUUAUUUUGAAUGUGUUGAAUGUGAUGUGUAUAAUUUUGUAAUAUAAUAUUUGUACCAUAAAUAUAAAUCUACCGUACAAGUA